CAUAAAACAAGUAUGCUUUAGUCAAGCAGAUAACGACCGCACAAUGUUACAAAACAUUUUUAUUAUUUUGUUACUAUCCUACAUUGAUGGGAUUAGGACUUUCGAUGAAAGUUUGGACUAUCGUGAUUUCAAGUUAAAUUAUGUGUCGCCAAUAAAACGCGCGAAUACUUUAAUGUCUACACUAUUCAAGGAUUUAGGGAAAAAAGAAAAAGUCCGUAUAGAUCUGUAUUAUGAAGUCUUUUAUUCCGGUUGCAUAUACUUUAACAAAAAUGAGUUUGGCCCUCUGGUGGAAAGUAUGGGCGACUAUCUUGAUAUACAUACCUAUCCUUAUGGUUUUGCUCGGACAAUAGAGGAAAAAGGAAACAUUUUCUUCAAAUGUCAUCAUGGACCCCUUGAGUGCUAUGGUAAUAAACUCCACGCCUGUGCACUCGAUAAUUUGGAGCACUCCAAGGCAAUUCUGUUUAAUAUUUGUCUGAUGAACAGCACUGAGAGUCUAGGGUCGGAUGACAAAACAGCUGAUGAGUGCGGGAAAAACAUGAACGUUGAUUCAAAACCAAUAAAACUUUGCGCUAAAGGUAAUAGGGGUUCAGAACUUAUGAAGUAUUAUGGAGAAGAAACUAAGAAAGCGAAAAUUGAAUAUGUGUCAUUUGCUUUAAUAAAUGGCGAGAAGUAUGACUUUGACGACGAUUUUAAGAGAUCAGUUUGUAGACCCUUCAAAAAUCUUCCGCCGCCUUGUGAAGAACCUUGAGGUAGUUCUACAUACAGAAACACCAAUGAAAACGUAUAUUCAGUACAUCAUUUAAUAAGAAUUUUGGAAAUACAAGAUUUAAAAAUUUU